AUGCAGAGAAAUCCGAUGGCGCGCUCAGCCCGCGGAAAAAAUCCACCAAAGGAAAAGGCGAAAAAGACGUCGGCAGAGGCGACGAGUUCGAACCCUACUACCGAGAAACCACCGUCACCCCUACCCGAAGAAAGUCCAGCACCUACACCGGCUGAAGUUCAACCGCAGCCGGACAUCAGUCAGAGCAACCCCGCCUCCGAGAUUACUCCUACUAAGGCGGCGUCAGACGACGAAGAACCGGACCCCAAAGAGAUCAUACAAGAAUUCAUGAGAAAGUACGGAAAGGGGCCGAAGGCGAGCAAUUUUUUUGCCCAGAUGUCGGAGGCAUGCCGGAAGCAAGAAGAGGUAAUUCCUGCUCUAACCCCACUCACAAUCCCACCGAGACCCCAAACUUUAAUUGAAACACCCACAGCACAAGCCUUGCCCACACACCAAGAAAACCCCCGAAUUUUACCCGAAACCCUAACCCAAGAGACGAACCCCCCAAACACUAUCCCUCAAACAGAGACUGAACCCCUUGCCGAACCUUUUAUAACAGAAGAAGAGAAUAUCGAGGAGGAGGGUGAUAGGAUGGAUACUGAGGAAUCCGAGAGAGAGGAGGAGGGGGGGGUGAACGAGUUGAGCAAGAACAAAUACUGGAUGAAGAGGCCACUGGGUCAGGGGAUGAGGGAGAGAAGAGAGAGGGGAGAGGAAACAGGGGAUGUAGAGGAGACGGAAGGGCAGGAUGUAGAGAAGACUAUAGAUGGUGAAAAGGGUAGUGAGGGUAGAGUAGGUAAAGAAGGUGAAGCGGUUGGUGAUGAGAAGGCUGAGAAGGAAGAGGAGAAUGUUGAUGAUGAGGCUGUUGAGAAGGAAGAGAAAUGUAACGCCCCAAUUCAACAGAAUAGAGAUGUCACUAAAACCUACCUACAUUCUUAUAUGACAAAUAUUAAUUGA